CGGGCCGGGGCGGGCUGGGCGGGAUCGCAGCGUCGUCAUGAAGACCAUCUGACUUCGAGAGAGAGCCCCACAGUGAGGGACCCCAGAGAGUGUGACACGAGUAGCCGCGCUUACAGCGACGGUGCGCUGAUUUUUGCUCACGCUGCGUGCGCCUCGCUCGCUGUAUGUGAUUGCCAGCUUUCGAGCUGUGUUGUGGGCUUUUCUGCGGCAUUUGAUGACAUUCGACAGCAUUCGAUGAUGAGAAUGAAGAUGGAGAUGGUGGUGGUGGUGGCUGUGGUGCUGCAUUUUCUGGUGGUGCUUCCGGCUUGUGUUGCGUUCAAUGCCACACUCGGGUGGCAGACAAUCUCGAAAGGACCUCCCUUGGUAAUAGCGAAUGGUGGUACAUCAGGCCUUUUCCCAGAUCAGACAUUUUUAGCCAACGCGGAUGCUGUCAACAGCACCAGUUUUCCCAUGGCACUAUUGUGUGACCUGCAGUUAACCAAGGACAAUUUUGGUAUUUGUCGCACUGGCUGGAAUUUGAGUGAUUCAACCGAUCUAAAAAAUAUCGUGUCAAAUGCAACCGUGAUGAGCACUUAUGCUAUGAGAAGAGAAUCAAGGACUGGGUAUUUUUCAGUUGAUUUCACUUCGAUAGAACUUAACAAAACUACAGCGAUUCAGUCUAACCCUUCGCGCACACCUGUUUUUGAUGAAAAUUUUACUCCCGAAACACCUGAAAGCACUGCGCUAAACUCCGCCAACGGAGCACAAUAUGGGCUUUUCUUUUGGUUAAAUGUUGAGUAUCCAACUUUCUAUCAGCAACAUCCAGGAAAGAACAGUCUUGCCAGUUAUCUGACUACAUUUUUGAAGGAAUAUGAACCAGAAUAUCUGUCUGCUACUGAGAUCGGCAUUUUGAAAUUGCUCAAACCGACUGCCUUAAAAAGUGAAACAAAUCUUGUCUUGAAGUUUUUAGACGCUGGCCUUGUCGAGGAGAGCACAAACACCACGUAUGGAGAAAUCAUUAAAGAUUUGCCCAGCAUUGCUACUUAUGCUCAAGGAAUUUUAGUCCCUAAAGAAUUCGUGUAUCCAAUAAUCACGUUUACAAACGACACAUCCUACGGUUACUAUUCAGCACCUGCUACCACUCUUGUCCAAGAUGCACACAAGGCGGGCUUGGAAGUUUUUGUUUAUGGAUUUGCUAACGAUUUCUUUCCAUCAAGUUAUAACUACAGUUUUGAUCCUAUUCUUGAAGUUUUGAGCUACGUGGGGGACACCUUCACUGUGGAUGGGGUCUUAACAGAUUUCCCAACCACCGCUGCUGAAGCAAUAAAUUGCUACCCCCGUGGUUAUAAAUCACCUUCAACUCUCAGAGCUUCCACUAUACCAGUGCAGAAUCCUAUUAUUUUAUCACACAAUGGUGCAAGUGGAGACUUCCCCGGCAAUACUUUGCCUGCAUAUGUGGCAGCUAUUAAUGAUGGUGCGGAUUACAUCGAUUGUACAGUGCAGAUUACUAAAGAUGGAGUGCCUGUGUGCCGAGAAGACGUCAACCUAAUUAAGAGUACCAAUAUAGACAGUGUUUCAGUGUUGUAUGAACAGUAUUAUGCAUCCUAUCCCGAGUUUGGAUCAGGAGUGUUCACCUUCGAUCUACCCUUGAAAGAUAUCAGGACAUUGAAAGCGAAGAUGUACAGUCCUUGGUCUGAGUAUUUUGUCAGACGCGACCCUUCAAACGAUGGGAAGGAAGGCGUGCUGACUUUGGAUGAGUUCUUGGUUUUCGCCAAAAAAAACUCAGGCGUUGGUGUGUAUGUGAAUCUUCAGAACGCCCACUAUUUGCGCACUCAAAAGAAUUUGGAUAUGGUUGAUGCGGUUGUGGCCUCCCUCACCAAAGCGAAUCUUACAAAUGGCAGCCACAAAGUCUUCGUCGCUUCAGAAGACAGUUCAGCUUUGGCUGCAAUUCAAUCAUCAAUACCUGUAGUUAAGCGCGUGUAUGUUGUUCAGUACGACGAAAAGUCUCCUGUUUCAAUCACGACUUCUGUACUCACGGAAAUCAAGAAGUUCGCAGAUACCAUUGCACUGGAUGGUCGAUUUGUCGAUCCUCUUGACAUAUUCGGAUCCUCUUUCCUGUCUUCAACGACAUCCGUGGUGCGCUCCGCACAGUCACUCAACAUGACAGUGUUUUAUUACUUCCUGUCUAACGAAUUCAAUAGCCGCGCUAUCGAUUAUAGAUCGGACCCAAUUCUGCAUAUUAAUUCUCUUGUCGGAGAAUACAAUGUAAAUGGCUUCAUCACGGAUCACCCGGCCACUUUGUACAAUUUUCUUUACAAUAACUACUGCUGGCAACCAUUGGGAGGUGCAACAGAUGUCAAUUUAUCGACGCAGCUAUCUCCCAUAUUCCCUGUCGCUCCUCUACCAGGUGCACUCAGCUUACCACCCAGUCCUGCAUUAUCGGUUGCCGAGUCCCCAGUGUCGUAUUCAGCCCCUCUUCAAAACGGUACCGGUCCCCUUACACCUUCGUCCAACUUCAAUUCAGCAACAAAGCCUCGAGCGAGGCUUAUCUCCUCAGUGGCUCUCAUCUUCUGUCUAAUCUUCUCACUUUACUAGAGAUAGUGUGCGGAUUUAAACGUGGAAGUCUACCAUUGAUUGCCAAAACUUGCAAUAUUUCUUCAUGUUACAGUUUCUGGAUUAUUGUUCUCAGGUGGAAAGAAUCACGUGAUACAAUAGGUCAUAUGCAGGAUAUCAGUCUCCACAAUUCCAGAGAUUGAGGUCAUUUCUGAAGGGGUUUUCUUAAGGCUUUGUCCCACCAUAAGUAUGUUUGGUGUGUAAUCAUGUGUAUAAACCGAAUGCAACGGACCCCUCAUCGAGGUCUUCAUUGUUUGUAGCACCAUCUGUGCAAAAGCAUCCAAUGUGAAGCCUCGACAGGUUCAACGUUCCAGACCUGGUGAUGAAAGCUUGCUGUUGAUUUUUUGUAAA